AUGGCACGUCGACUCAACAGAACAAGGCUCCUACGUCGGGUAUCCAGCCGCCUUGCAGUUAGCUUUGAAGCCCUUGUUAUGCUGUUCUCGGAGCAGGUGUCACGUCUUCGAAUGGAAAUAUUACAGGCUUUGAUGGAAGAUAAGAAAGAUGUUACACGUCCGCUUAGUCAAGGGAAGCCGUAUGUCUUUGAUAGAGUGUUACCUCCUAAUACAACCCAGGAACAAGUUUAUAAUGCCUGUGCCAAGCAGAUUGUUAAAGAUGUUCUUGAAGGCUACAAUGGCACAAUCUUUGCUUAUGGACAGACAUCAUCAGGAAAAACGCAUACUAUGGAGGGGAAGCUGCACGACCCUCAGCUCAUGGGAAUCAUUCCGAGAAUUGCACAUGACAUCUUUGAUCACAUCUAUUCCAUGGAUGAAAACCUGGAGUUUCAUAUAAAGGUUUCCUACUUUGAGAUAUAUUUGGACAAAAUAAGGGACCUACUCGAUGUGUCAAAGACAAACCUCGCUGUACAUGAAGAUAAAAACAGAGUCCCAUAUGUUAAGGGUUGUACAGAAAGAUUUGUAUCUAGUCCUGAAGAAGUUUUGGAUGUCAUUGAUGAAGGGAAAGCUAACCGUCAUGUAGCCGUUACAAAUAUGAAUGAACACAGCUCUAGGAGCCACAGUAUCUUCCUCAUUAAUAUUAAGCAAGAGAAUGUGGAAACUGAGAAGAAACUCAGCGGAAAGCUUUACCUGGUAGACUUGGCUGGAAGCGAGAAG